AUGUCUGCAAUAAAAUUAGAAGAACCUAAAAAGUUCGACCCAAUAAAGGCGGCCAACAUCGUGCGUCCUCUCGUAUACAGAAUUUUGGGAAAGAACAGAUUCGACGCGAGACACGUGGACUGUUGGAGAAAACUGAUUUUGCAGAGCUGCUUGAAGGGACUGAAGGCGUUUUGGGGCGACUCGUAUAAAUAUGUAGUCACCUGUUCGAUCGCAGCGAGGAACGGUUCGCAGUUCCAUUCGGCCAACGUUUACAACUUCGGAGGAAAUGCCGGCGGAAGUUGCAACGUUAGAUGCGAUGACAAUCCCCACAUGGAUUGUUUCAUUACCGUUUUUCUAGUAAGCAUUUAA